UCGUUUUGACAGCGAUCUAUUGAGUACCGACAGCAGUAGCAAAAUCACUGAGCACAACGUGAAAAGAAGGAAAAAUUGGUGCUGCCUCGAAAAGAAUUUUCCUUUUAUCGACGCAAAAGGUGCAUAGUGUUGGAAAGCUCCAAUUGCUGCAACAAACUAGUGAUUUCUACUAUUUUAAGAACGGUUCUCCGUCUGUGAACGUCGGCAGAAGUUCGGGAAGAAAGUAAAAACGAAGUGAGCCUUGUGACGACGAUCCGCCCGCGGAGAAGUAGAGAGUGGUUAAUCAUCAUCCAUCGCGCACAUACACCAAUACACAGACGCAUUUCAGUGGCAAAGCAGUCGAGCAAAUUUGACGAAAAAUGGCGUCGAUAGAUUCCCAGAUGAAAAACCGAAUGCAAGGUUUUAAAAACAAAGGAAAAGAUCAGGAGGAGAUGCGGCGCCGCCGUAAUGAGGUAACUGUUGAACUUCGCAAAAACAAGCGCGAAGAAACGAUCCUUAAACGGCGUAACGUCCCGCAAACUACGGCCGAAUCAACAGACGAAGACGACUACACAUCGGCUUCCAAUCUGAAGAAGUUAGUUGAAAAAGCCGGAAAUAGUGCUGACAAGGAUGAACAGUUGGCCGCAGUACAAUCGGCACGUCGUUUGUUGUCAUCUGACAGGAAUCCUCCGAUUGAUGCGCUGAUACAGAGCGGAAUCCUGCCAAUUCUAGUUGGAUGUCUUGAACGGGACGAUAAUCAGCUGUUACAGUUCGAGGCAGCUUGGGCUCUAACAAACAUCGCUUCGGGAACCUCAACACAAACUAAUCAAGUAGUUCGUGCUGGUGCAGUGCCACUUUUCCUGCGCUUAUUAGGUUCGCCUGCUCCUAAUGUAUGCGAACAGGCUGUUUGGGCUCUCGGAAACAUUAUUGGUGAUGGACCGUGUCUGCGAGACUAUGUUAUCAAACUAGGUGUCGUCCAGCCGCUAUUGUCAUUCAUUAAGCCGGAGAUUCCGAUUCCCUUCCUGCGGAAUGUCACAUGGGUAAUUGUAAAUCUGUGUCGUAACAAGGAUCCCCCGCCACCGGUUGAUACGAUUCUGGAAAUUCUGCCGGCGCUGAAUAUGCUGAUCCAUCAUACCGACAUCAAUAUCCUUGUAGACACCGUGUGGGCCCUAAGCUAUCUUACCGACGGAGGAAACGAACAGAUUCAACUCGUGAUCGACAGUGGUGUAGUGCCGAAGCUUAUUCCCCUUUUGUCACACGUUGAAGUAAAGGUACAGACAGCAGCCCUGCGAGCGGUUGGUAACAUUGUCACGGGUUCGGAUGAUCAGACACAGGUCGUAUUAAAUUGUGAUGCUCUGUCUCACUUCCCCUCGUUGUUGAGCCACGCGAAGGACAAAAUUCGAAAGGAAGCGGUUUGGUUCCUGUCGAAUAUAACUGCCGGAAAUCAAACGCAGGUGCAGGCGGUCAUCGAUGCUGGUCUAUUGCCGAAAAUCAUCGAAAACCUAAGCAAGGGUGAGUUCCAGACGCAAAAAGAGGCGGCCUGGGCGAUCAGCAACUUGACGAUAAGUGGAAAUCGGGAGCAGGUUGCGCAGCUCAUCAAGGACGGUGCCAUUCCGCCUUUCUGCGAUCUGCUGACCUGCAAGGAUACUCAAGUGAUCAACGUUAUCUUGGAUGGUAUCAAUAAUAUGUUGAAGCUAGCAGGGCAGGAAACGGAGGAGAUCGCCAACAUGAUAGAAGAGUGCGACGGCGUUUCCAAAAUCGAAGUUCUGCAGAAUCACGAAAACAUCGAGAUUUACAAACUGGCGUACGAUAUUAUUGAGCAGUUCUUCUCAGACGAGACCGACGAAGCAGUGUUGGACGAACUUAGACCGGCUUCCGACGAGAUCGCGUUCCAGUUUAAUCAGAACCCAAAUGUACCCAGAGACGGGUUCAACUUUUAAAAACAAACAGCAAACUUCAACACACACCCACACACAAAUCAGGCAGGUAACAAACAGUUGGCUAGUUAAUGGAACAGAAGACAACCAGGACACACUAUCAACUAUAUCUUCCCCUAGAAUCAAACACCUUGCUUAGGUUUUGCAAAUUGACAAGCCAGUCACCAGCUCUUGUUCUUUUUUCUUGUACUGCACCAUGGAAAAAAUCAGCUCAGUUACUUUUAAAGCCAGAUGAUAGUGAUGAAGUCGAAGAACAUAGAAACACACACCCACAACACUUGGAAGGUGCAGCAAGCCAGCGUGCAAACAAGCAGAAAACAAGAAGAAAAACUAGUUUGCUUAGGAUUUACUACAAAUCUAAUUAAAAAAGCAAGUUAAUAUUAUCUAUUUAUUGUAUAACCCACGGACAGAAAAUGACGAAUGUAAUGCUGGAAGGACAGUUUAGGGUUUACUAAGGACGAAACAGCAAUACCAUCAUCAGUCAAACAUGCACACAUACAUACACACUCAACCACACACCAUUCGGAGACGCUUGCAAACCGAUACGCAGCAAACAAACAGGCGACCGUUGGAAGAAUUUAUAACUUUUUUUUGUAAAAAAAAGCAUUAGGCGGAUUCAAAGUUCCUUCCCUUCUUCGAUUCAAGAGGCCUCUCGUGUAGGAAGAUUUUUAUGUCUCAAUUUUUUUAAAUAGUUAAUAGUGUUUGUUUUUUUUCUCGAUAGAACACUUAAAUCCUAUUCGCUACAUAAUGCGAAGAAUGUUGUGUAGGGAGACGGAUAAGAAAAUAAUAGAUUUUUUCUUGUCAAAAUGCCUCGCUCUUGAAUGAAGGGAAGGAUUGUUGUGAAAGAAGGGUAAAACUUUCAGGAAAAUAUAUAUAAACAUCAAUCGCAAGUUUACUAGACGGAGAGAGAGAGCAUUGAUGUGAAGUAUAGUCGAUUCAAAGCAUUAGGGAAAUGUUGCUUUUAAAACAAAAUCCAUUCACUGGAAGGGAGAACAUGUUUUUCCAUGUAAAAAGGCAUAUUUUUAUAUUAUAAAUAUUACUGAUCGAAAUAAACCAAUGGACUGUAAUUUAUAGCAACUUGUGUUGAGGCAACGCUUUCUAGCCGGAAGCAGUGCGGAUUGUCGCCAAAAAUAAAAAAAAGAAUACAACAAAGAAACUUCUCAUUUUGUCGAGCUCGCAAAGGCUGCCUGCCCCCUUUUGAUUUAGUUUAAGAAUUAAUUUGUAAAAAUAAAAAAAAUGAACAGAAGACUUGGAUAGUAGUUCCGUGAGUGGAAAGGGAAGGUCACAGUUGCACUUAAACGCUCGGCAACGCUCUUCGCUAAUGCCACAACACGAACUAAACAGAGAAAACUCUUAAUGAAAUUAAGCAGUAGCGCUCUCGCAGAAUUUUGUAAUUAUUUUCACACAUACGAAUCAAAACAAACAAAAAAAAGUUGCCAGUCCCUUGCGCGGGUAGCAACGGGUAUAUCAUCGGUGGGGAGAAAACGGAACUCACACCACGUGACAUUGCGUGUUAGGAAUUUUAACAAAUUUUGUUCUUACGAAAGGCAAUUGAAAGUUGCUUUCAAAAGAACACACUAUUUUGGUGAUGAAAACCAAAAUAAAAGUUGUUUACUGUAAAAACAGAGAAACAAACUAAACGCAGACAGAAAACUCAAACUAGAAAAUUUAAUUUUCGUAUUAUGGACUUGAAGCUGAGAUGAUAAAUCUGUUAGGAAAAAAACGACAUUACCAUUUUUAUGUAUUUAAGCCUGAAACAAAUUGAAACUACGAAAGUGAACAGGAACAAAGAAAACUACACAGACACCUACACACCAACUGAACAGUAAAAAAAAACAAAUUUAUUUUUUGUCCUUUCUGGAGAACUUGAGAGAUAAUAAAACAGCAGGAGAAUGCAAAGAAA